AAAAAAAAACCCUGUUUUUGAUCUUCCUAUUGUCUUCCUAUAUAUACCUUUCCCAUUUGCCUCCUGGCCGGGAAGAAAUCAUUAAACCGACUCCCAUUUCUUCUUCUUCUUCUCUCUCUUUCUUUCCACCUCCAGUAGCUUCUGUCCACCGCCAUUGUUUUUGUAUUUGAAGAAGAAGAAGGCUUCUUCCACUACUCUGCCUUCUUCUUCUUCCUCUGUUUCUUCUAAUAAAGAAUAUAGUUCUUUAUUAACUAAUUAAAACGUGCAAGUUGAUUAAUUGGAUUAAAUUGAUUCUUUGAAGAGAAUAAUUUAUGGCGCAAUUCCAUUUAGUAUUUGUAUUUCUAUGUUAUGCUGCUGUAGCAGUUCAUGGGUCGGCAACAUUUACUCUUAUAAACAAGUGCCAGAACACAGUAUGGCCCGGGAUUUUAUCCGGUGCCGGAAGUCCUCCACUCUCCACCACGGGUUUUGCCCUUGAAGUCGGCGAGUCAAAGACAAUUCAGGCGCCGGCUUCCUGGGGAGGUCGGUUAUGGGGUAGGACCCACUGUUCCGAGGAUUCCACCGGGAAAUUCACAUGCCUCACCGGCGAUUGUGGGUCCGGGAAGAUGGAAUGCGUCGGCGGUAAUGCGGCUCCUCCGGCCACCCUGGCUGAAUUCAAGCUCGACGGCGACGGCGGAAUGGAUUUCUACGACGUCAGCUUGGUGGACGGGUACAACCUCCCAAUGCUCGUGGUCCCACAAGGCGGAACAGGGGACCGGUGUACGUACACCGGGUGCGUUGUGGACCUGAACGGAGCUUGCCCGUCGGAGCUGAGGGUGACAAGCAGCGGCGGCGACGGAGGAGGUAACGUGGCUUGCAAGAGCGCGUGCGAGGCGUUCGGUGAUGAUAAGUACUGUUGCAGCGGCGCGUACAGUAACCCGGAUACUUGCAAGCCGUCGCAAUACUCUGAGCUGUUCAAAAACGCUUGCCCACGCGCUUACAGCUACGCUUACGAUGAUAAGACCAGCACGUUUACAUGUGUGGACGCCGACUACAUAAUCACCUUCUGCCCCUCCCCAAACACCAGCCAGAAAUCAUCAUCCGGCACUCAAAAUACUCCGGCGAGCGACAACGACAACAGCUCGGCGGCGCUGAUCAACGGCACGAUGGUCUACGAGGGAGCAGAACUGGACCAGAGCAGUGCGGCAUCAGGCACGUGCCUGCACGUGAUGAGAACACAAGGCUUUGCAUCUGCCGCAGCCGUCGCCAUCGUGGCAGCUAUGUGGCUGUUGUGUCAGCAUUUCUAACUUCUUCUCCCGCCCACGUCUCUCUGAGCUGGCCCAUUAUAUCCCUCCCACUCAAUCCAUUUUACCUUUUAGGAAGGCCCAUUUGACAAUGUCGGGUUUUGGGUGUCGUAUCACGUGUGGACCAGCUACUUUCCUUUGAGUUCUUUUACUAAAUCUGGGCUCAAAAAUGCCAUUGGCCUACCUGACUCUGAACCUAGUCAGCAUGGGAAGCUAAGACCCUGACCCAAUAGUAGUAGUAGUACUAACAAUACCAGGAAUAUAUUUUUUAUUUUUUUAGAUAAGAACUUAGAGUUAUUGUUACAGUUUAGCAUUAGAUGGUAUUUCAUAGUUAUUUAUUUGGCUUCAUAUUUAAUUUAGGCAAUUUUAAAUUGUUUGAGGUACUAGCUAGUGGUAGUUAGUGGGCAGGAAAUAGGACAUUCGUUUUCUUUUUCUUUAUUUAGUUUAGAUGGAUUUGUCACUAUUUUAAUGUAUGACUCUCUUGAUGAAGAUGAGAACUUGCAGAAGAUUAUGAAUGAGAUAAUUUACUAUUAAUAGAUUCCUUUUUGCUUUUUUAAUCUUUCGCUGUCGUCGCACUUGGCAUGUUUAGUGUUGGAUUUAAUACGUCUUAUUCCAUAUAAAGCAUAGUUUGAUUGAGCAAUAAUUGAACCUUGUUUUUUCUUAAUAAAACAAAUGUAGGUAUGCUUAUGAGUUUUGUGAUAUUGUUAAAAAUUGGAUCACCGAUAUGAGCGUGG